AUCAGAAAUCAUAGCAAGAAACAUCACAGCUUGCGCGUUCUUGCUUGCGGUAAUGUGGCAAAAACGCUAAGCUUUUGUUUCUUCGUGAUAUAUCGUCGGACUUACGCCCUGCAGAAGAUCCAGUGGUGGUGUGAAAAAUCAAUAACGUCCAGAAUCGAGUGUAAUUUUAUUUCGAUUUUCUACCUCCAGUCGAUGUGAGCAUACUCAAUUCCUAGUCCUGCUGUCCUACACGUUCAAGGGAUAGCGGAAAAAGAGUCUCGAUUUGCUAAAAUUGAGCAUGAUCGACAUUGGUUGGCCUGGUAGAAAAUCGCAAGCCUCAGUCAAACUUUCCAGAACAGUCAGUGUGUUUUUUUCUGUGCAAUAAAAAGUGACAAAAUGGACAAUGUGAUGCCUCCUCCACCGGAGGCCAAUUGCUUUCCGGUUCCGCCACCUCCACCUCCAUCGGCAGCACCACCACCUCCGUUGCCACAGUCUGAGGGAGGUGAAUCUUCUCCAUCCGGCGAGCGAAGGAAGUACUCCUCCAUGGGUGAGUGUCCCUAUGCAAAGCGGAGAAAGAUGACUGCAUUCUACGACGACGAAGAUUUGGAUGGCAUUGACGAUGAUGAUGAAGAAGAGGAAGAGGACGAGGAUGACGAGCGCCCUGGGGAGGAACGUCGGGAGGAUUUGAAUGAUCAAUUGAGGCAGUUCCAAGUGUUGGACGAAGUUCAGGGAGAUAAUUCCGAGGACGACAUUGAUGACGGUCAAGACGACGGUGAUGGCGAAGAUAAUAGUUCGGAGGGUUCUGGAGUUGACAUCGAGGAACUAGAUAAUUUACUAGAGGAAAAUCUCCCGGAGGGAAUGAAAUCGAGUGGUCCCAAAGCGAAAGCCUACGAGGAACGGUUUAAGGAAGUUUUGGAAGAAAAAGGUCGGAAUCAUUUUGAGGUUCUUCCUGAGGGAUGGGUGCAGGCCACGCACGUUAGUGGGAUGCCACUGUUUUUGCAUACAGCCUCCAGAGUUUGUACAUCAUCCAGGCCGUAUUUUUUGGGUCCCGGAAGUGUGAGGAAACACGAAAUUCCUCUUAGUGCCAUACCUUGUUUGAACUACAGGAAAGCUCUAGAGAAGGAAGAAGAGCUUCGCAAGGAAAUUGAAGCAAAUGCUGCGGCCGCUGAAGAAGCGCAGAACAAUGCCAAUUCCAACGACAAAGAGAAUCAAGACUCGGAAAAGCAAAUGCACAAUCCCCAGUUGAGUAAGAUGAUUGCCAGUGCAACAACCCUGGCUGAAGCCCAGGCCAACGCCAAGAUGCUUCCCCUGAAGGUGACUGCCCGAAUUGAGACUGUUAAUGAAAACCUUAAGGCCCAAUCGCUUACGGCCGAUAUAUUUCAAGAAUACUGCAAGAAGUUGUUCAGAUUCAAAACCAUUCGGGUGAUGCGAUUUAAAUCGUGGGCUGCAAGGCGAAAACUUACCAAGCACCGAAAGCAUAUGAAGAACCUUCAAAGGCCAACGCUACCGGAUGGGACAAAGUUGAUAACGUUUCCGGUGCUUCAUACCGAAGGCGAGAAAGGCAACACCCACGCUCGCCCCAAGAAGGAAUGGAUCAUGAACCCGAAUGGAAAGAGUUAUGUCUGUAUUCUUCACGAAUACGUCCAGCAUGCCCUCCGGAAGCAACCGAGCUACGAAUUUAAAGAGCUGGAGAACGCUGCCACUCCCUACUCGGCUACGGUUUCGAUCAAUGAACUCAAGUACGGAACAGGAUAUGGCACGAGCAAGAAACAGGCCAAAAGUGAAGCCGCUCGUGAAACGUUGGAAAUUUUGAUUCCCGAUAUGAAAGACAAAAUUACCAGUAAGGAUAAUAAGAAGGAUCAGAAUGGCACGGCCGAACAACAGCCGGAAGCUCGUAAUCUGUCUGUGUUCGAUGAGAUCAAGAUUGAAGAUCCCAGAGUGGCGGAGUUUUGUGCCAAAACGACCGAACCAUCGCCGCACACCAUUCUGCAAACUUGCCUACAGAGGAACUUUGGCCUGGGAGAUGUUCAGAUUCAGUACGACGUGAAGGCGGGCAAGCAUCGGAAGAACGAAUUCACCAUGACUGUUGGGAAGCACACGGCAACGGUGGUUUGCAAGAACAAACGCGACGGAAAACAGCGGGCGUCCCAGGCGAUUUUGCAGAUCCUGCACCCGCACAUCAAAACGUGGGGCUCGUUGCUGCGGCUGUACGGCAACCACUCGAUCAAGUCCUACAAGGAGAAAAAGCAGGAAGAGCAGGAGAUCACCAUCCUGCAGAGCAUGGCAGCCAUCAAUCAACCAAACUAUGCAAUCCUCAACAAACUGAAGUUGGAAAUGUCCAAGCUGGAGGAACGGCAGAAAAAUGUUCGCGUCAUCGGUACGUUCGUGCCGGACGUGGACCUACCGUCGUCGUCCGGUUCCAAUCUAAAGAAUGUGGAUCUCUAGACAUUAAAUGCACCUACCCUUCAAUGUGCAUGGGAUACGGUGGCGUAGUAAAAAAUCAGUUCAAGAGGGGUUCUGACAAAUUCUACUUAGGUGACGUA